ACGUGCAAGACGAACUAGGCAAGAAGAAGAGAUCUGGUCUAACUGACGCACACGCCUCGUUUAUUUCGUUUCGCUUUAUAGUCCCACCGACAGUUUUUGUUUGUCGUCUUCAAGUAACUUACUUUGGAUUGAGUUUUUUUAUACCUCGAGUUUUGCAGUCUAUUCUGUUCCCUUAGUAACUAACAAUAGUGUGCUUACCAGAUCAGCCAACAGUGAAUAACUAAACGAAUAGCACAACAACAUCGCUAAAAGGGCCAGUUGCUAUAAUGAACUACAGCUAGUUGCAGGCAGCUUAUAUACCAUGACAUCUACAACCACAUUUUCCAACGGGAGUGACCUUUCCGAAAACUGGGAUAGUGAAGUACUUCGACUCAAUGCACUCACUGGAGAUAUCAAAAGUAUCUACCUCUGGGUGGUGUUCGGCAUCGGAUUUCCUGGCAACAUCUUUUGCAUUCUGACCGUCCUGACCAUGCAGCAGAUGACCACAGCGACUUUCUUUGUCUCUCUGCUAGCCUUCUACGACGCUUGUACCCUGACUGUAAAGCUGGUUUACCAUCAGCUCGGCAAACAUCAAGUGUACCUGGGAUCCAUGGGAUGCAAGAUGGCUUUCCUGUCCAACUUCUUCUCUGCGCAGGCCAACUGGGUCCUGGUCUUCAUCUGCGCCGAGAGGUUUGUCGCUGUUUGUUUCCCACUGAAAAAGGCUUAUAUCGUAACGAAACGUCGCAGUUACGUCUGCUCGGCAGUCAUGUUCAUUGCGCUGCUCAUUCCUUUCGCUUUACUCUAUGUGUUCAUGCGAGACAGCGACCCUUCAGGCCGCCACUGCGGGACAUUUGAGGAGUACGUCCAAUUCUGGAUUCACGGGUGGUACUGGAUUAACUCUUUCAUCUACUUGUUCAUCCCCCUCUUCUGCAUUGUUAUACUCACCGCCUUCAUCAUCAGAGGUCUGACACGAUCCAGGGUUGACCGCCGGAGCAUCAUGCGGACUAGCUCCAAGGGCGAACACGGAAACAGGAGACUGAUGGUAGAGGUCGAACGCUUAGAGAGAAGCAUUACGGUAAUGCUUAUCAUGGCGGCUCUAAUUUUUACUAUUCUGUUAUUACCCUCGUGCGUAUUUCUACUGGCAUUCACAGACUCGGAGAAUCCGUUAGUACGUGCGAGAUGGAGACUGUUCGACCAGAUUCAGUAUGUCUUCUCGGACUCCUCCCACGCAGUGAACUUCUUUCUUUACUUUUUCAGCGCCCAGAGAUUCCGGAACCAGUUUUUGUGUUUACUUACAUGUAGGACUCGGAGGCUAACUAACCAGAGGCAUCGUUGUACCGAAUCUGGUGUUACUAAAUAUAGCAUAGCUUUGAGUCGUGGGGAGGAAACAUAGAGAAGACAUUUUGAAUUUGAUCUCUAACAUGUUGACGUUUAAACGGCCACUCUCCUUUGCUUCUUCAUUAAAAGAAAUAAUUAGAAAGUUUCAAUUGUGAGUAAAAAGUUUGACGUGAUAGAGUCUUGUUAGGUGAUUAAAGAGGAAUCAAGACAUGUCCUAACAUUCCCUUGGAUCUAUAGAUUAACUUCUCUAUGUCUUGUGUGUUGAGAGUAAAAGUUUAUCAUUAAUGAUUAUAUCGUAAUAGAAGCACAUUUUUAUGACCUAAUAUCAAAAGUGUUAUUGUUGCUGUUGCAGUUUAUAUCUAAGUUUAUUAUUAUUAACAUUAUAAUUCAAGCUUGUUAUUUAUGUACAUAGAAUUAUGUUUUAUUAAUUUGAAAUCUUAAAAUUAAAUUAAAUUGCUGGGAAGUUUUGUUUGUAGAUCAAAUUAUCUGCAUUCUCAAGAACUAGACUGUUCAAUUCAUUGAUGUACCUGGCUGUUCUUGACCACUCUUCACUCAAAGGAUUACUUAAAGGCAAUGUUGUAUCGUAUAGUUAUUAGCUAGGAUAUGGUGUACAACACGAAGUCAUGAUUAACAACAAAAUAAAUUCAGUUUUGAAUUUUGGUAUUACGUUUAUCAGAUGUCAUUUCAUUGACUGUGGCUAGAGAAAUAACAGAAUGGCUGUGACAGAAGAACUAACUGUGGUUGUUUUAGCUAGAUUUUUUUAGAUGAUAAAGUAGGCAUGUAUAGCUGAACAUUGAGAAAAAUGUAUAGCACGAUACGUAUAACUCUAACAUAUACUUUCCACACUCAGGUGAAAUGUGUCUCGUGAUUCUCGGCCUUCGGCCUCGACGGAUAGUGGCACCAGAAGUGUCUGAAGAAGACGUGAGCUUACAAUCAAGAAAUGUGAUUUAAUGAUCAACUAAUUGAUGGGAGACCUUUAGGAAAAGUGCUUGGUCAAGAGCCAAUGUCUCAUUCAAGUCCACAGGAAGAAAUAUUUCUCUUUUCUCGUGAAUCAAAUCAACCCAACGCUUUAUUGGACACUUACGAAAUCACGUGUCUAAUAGUCAGGUCAUAUGCGAACGCACAGCGCGCAUUACCGCAAAUCCGGUCCGUAUAAAUAUAUUUGAAGAAAUAUAGUAGUUCAAAGCCUAAUCAAUAUCCCUCACCCAAUUGUUGAUUGUGUGUCUGUAUUAAAGAUGUAGACCUCCUACCUAUCAAUUAAAUGAAUACUCAAAUGUCUUGACUCUAUUACAUAUGUUCUAAGAUCUGUUGAUUUUUUGUCGAGUAAUGUUAUUUUAAAAUAGAAUUUGUUUUGAAUAAAUAUAAAUGAAAAUAAAUAACAUUCGAAACAAAAAAUUAUACUAUCGACUUUUUGAAUUGUUGAACUUUUGAUGUUUAAUCUGUAGGUGUGGCACUAGAUAUUAAAAUAGUAACAAGGUAAUUUAAUGUUUGCUUCAUUACAUAGUGCUUCGAUUUAAGGAAAUUUAUUGUUAUCGGCCCUUGUCUCUUGCUUCAUUAGAAGUGUAAGCCAAUAAUACUCAGCAUAAAUAAAAUAUUUAAGAUACAGAAAAAUAGAGAUUGUUACCCCCUCAGCGCUAACACACAUACAUAAAGAACUUUUUAAACUAUUUAAGUGCAUACAGAUUUCUAAACUUCUAGGACACAUUGACCUUUCUACGUCUUCAAAAGCAAGGACACAUACACAUUUCUAACUCCUCAAAAGCUAUGAAGCAUACACAUUUCUAGCUCUUCAAGUGCUAAGACACAUAAAUAAUGGCUGCCUUGUCGUGCGGAUUGCGCGCUGGACUGCCGUUCGGAUUAAUCGAUGGUCUCGGGUUCAAACC